CCAGCCAUGAUUUUCGCUUGCAAUGAGCAAGGGCAACAAGAAGCGUCUACGACAAGAAGGAGCGGACGCAUCAAGCGACGAUCGUCUCCUCCAAGUAUUGCUUUUGGGUGAGGCCAACUUUUCUUUUGCGUUGGCACUGAGAUCUAUGUUGGAACCGCCAACAGUCCCAGCUGCUGCUGAAGCUGCUGAAGUUCGAAGAGAAAUCUACCAACAGCGUUUGACAUCGGUCGCUGACUAUUUCGGAAUGUCACCACAGCCUGACCUUCAAUUGAAUAUCACUGCCACGUGCUACGAAUCACAUGUAGAGUUGGAUGAGAAAUAUCCUGAAACUGUUGGCAUCCUAUCCCGGCUCUGGCACUUUGCCGUCGAUAUCAGAUAUCAAGUGAAUGCAUGGGAUCUGACUCGGACUUUUGGUGACGGUGUUCUCUGGGAUUUGAUUGCAUGGAACCAUCCUCAUUUGGGAACAGAGGACUUUCGUUUGCACCAAUUUCUACUUGCGCAUUUUUUUGCUUCUGUGGCCAAGCAUCUCCGACCCAAAGGAAGAGUUGUUCUCACCCUUCUGGAGGGGCAGGAAAAGCGGUGGGAGCUGCUAAAGCAAGCAUCUAGGCAUGGUUUCUCCUUGCUUUGUGAUCCCGUGCAAUUUGUGGCUGCCUCUUUUCCUGGCUACGAAAGCAAAAGGAACAGCACUGGAAGGUCAUUCAAGAACUUGCACACGCAGAGAGUGUCAUCUGCACCAUCGAGGAGUUGGACUUACCACCUCGGAAUGCAAGGCGAAUCGAAGUCAUCAUUCUCAGCGCCAAAGAGCGCCAAAGGGCAAGAUGCUGAGCCUACGUCGCUGAAAUGCGAUGCGUGUGGCAAGACAUUUUCUUGCGCACAGGGGCUCAAGACACACCAUCGACAGGUGCAUGAGCUUAAGAAGUAUGGCAACUGGAAGCCAGAAGCUGAAAUGAAGGUGAAUUGCCAGCAAUGUGGACGACCUUUUCGUGACUCUGAGGCUCUUCGCCAGCACACCGUGGCUGCUCAUAGUGACAGUCGAGGCCACACUUCCAGGGCAAGGGGAGCAAGGGGACCUUCCUUGCUUCCGGGCCAAGAGGCUGGUGGAUACAGCUACCGGAAUUGUCAGAUUUGCGGGAUGUCUCUGCCUCUUGGGAUGUCCAUGGCAGCCCAUUUGGAGGCCUUGAAACCCCUGGUGGAUCUACCAUACGCCUGUGUUUGUGGACGCUCCUUUGUGGAACAGCGUGCCAUGGAGCAGCACAAAAGAUUCUGCAAGGAGUAUCGAGAAAGGACAGGAACCCUUCUGACCUUGCUGGGUUGCUGGAGCAGGAUUUGCUGUGGUCGCGGAGUCUGAUAAAAAGAACUAGCACCACUCAAGGGAGAUUUGAAAACAACGAAAAACAAUGAUAGUUUCCAGCUUCAAGGAAGCUCUUUUGUCC